UCGGCUUCUUUCGGACCGGGGAUUCCUUCACAGCGAGCAUCGGGUGUCCUAAAGCCACCAUGUCCAGCAAAAGGGCCAAGACGAAGACCACCAAGAAGCGCCCUCAGCGCGCCACCUCCAAUGUCUUUGCCAUGUUCGACCAGUCGCAGAUCCAGGAGUUCAAGGAGGCCUUCAAUAUGAUUGACCAGAACAGGGAUGGCUUCAUUGACAAAGAGGACCUGCACGACAUGCUGGCCUCCCUGGGGAAGAACCCAACGGAUGAGUACCUGGAUGCCAUGAUGAACGAGGCUCCAGGGCCCAUCAACUUCACCAUGUUCCUCACCAUGUUUGGGGAGAAGCUGAAUGGCACCGACCCCGAGGAUGUCAUCAGGAAUGCCUUUGCCUGCUUCGAUGAGGAGGCCACAGGCUUCAUCCAGGAGGACUACCUGCGGGAGCUGCUGACCACCAUGGGCGACAGGUUCACGGACGAGGAGGUGGACGAGCUGUACCGGGAGGCUCCCAUCGACAAGAAGGGCAACUUCAACUACAUCGAGUUCACGCGCAUCCUGAAGCACGGCGCCCGCGACAAGGACGACUGAGCCGCCCCGCGCCGCCCGGCUCACCCUACAGCGUCUGGUCUUCUUCUCUCUGUUUCUUGCCAGCACCCUUUCUGCAACUGUUUUUCACCUUCCAACUUUUCCCUCUGAGGACUCUGGGGCUGCACUUCGGUGGCAGAAUGGUGGAGGUUGGAGCAGAUGAUCUCGUAAGGACUCUCCUGACCUAGGGUGUUGUGUGAACUAGAAGUGUGGGCAGGGAGAGGGGACACAGUGACAGAUGCAGACUGGAGCGCUGUGCACAAACUGCAACCCAGGAGGUGCCACCUCAGCAGGAGGAGAAACUUUUCUGGUGUGAGGGUGCUGGAGGCCUGGAGCAGGCUGCCCAGAGAGGUUGUGAAGUCUCCUUGUCUGGAGAGCUUCCAUCCCCAGCUGGGUGCUGUGAUGAUGGGCAAGCUGCUGUGGGUGCCCUGCUGGAACAGGGGGUUGGACUGGGUGAUUUCCACAGGUCCCUUCCUACCCUACCCCUCCAUGAUCAUGGAAGGCCAGGUAAAGAUGCCAGAGCUGCUGCUCCCUACUCAGAUGAAUUUCCCCUCCCCAGCUCAGAGCCUGCUCUGUGAAGCACAGCAUACAGAUUUCACACGCUAGGAGCCCACUCUUUGUCCAACCAGAGCUGUAAAUAUUUUUGCAGUCCUGUUGUCACCUCUUUUGGCCUUAAAAAUAAAGCGUUGGUUACGCUGCUGGGGGUACUCCAGUGCUUGCUUCCCUGAGC